CGCCAACCUCUACCCGAACGUCGAACUGGACGUAACUUGUUUUGUGAAAUCUAAAAUUCGCUAGUGGUGUACUGCUGACGUUCUGAAUUCUUUGGUCCUUAAAUUCAUCAGCUGCUGUAAACAAGUAAUACUUCAGGCCGCGCAUACCGAAUUGCCGAUUAUUUUGGAAAAUGCCGAAGCGGAAGCGCAAGAACCAGAACGAUAGUUUUUCGCCAGGAUUGUCGAAGUCAGAAGCUGAUGGUUCUCGAUAUGCAGAAAGUUCGUCCAAAGAGCGGCCCUCCAAACUUCCCAUUCACUGCGAGAAGGGCAAUUCUACAAACCAGGACUCGUAUCAUCACAUCAAGUCGGAACCUGACUACACAUUGUCCGAUGUUGGGUGGGCCGGUAUACAACGGGGAACAUUAGAACGGAAAUCUGAGGUACAGGCUAUGCCGGAACGCAAGUUCCCUUCGAAGGUGGAUUCUGUGGAUGCGAAAAUUGCAUUUCGAGAUGAGCUAUCCAGUGAAGAUCGGUUGUAUUUUCUUGCAAUCAAGGUCGAUCUGGAAGGGAUGGUGUCUAGGUCGGCAAAGAAAUCGAACGGUGACGCAAACGAACUUGUUGAUGAUGAAGUUCUGGACUCUAUAUGGGAUCGAAUUGAGGGAAAGGAAAUUGCUCUCUCCCGGGAUAAGACUUUGAGUUUUAUUUUGGAACAUCUUUUGCUGUUAACCGGAGCUUCGGGAGCACUGCGAUUAAUGACGCUCUUAUCGAAGUAUGCUGAAAACGAUCCGCAUCUGCUGAGCCAGCUCUGCUCUCACAGCUGUUCAAGUCAUGUUCUGGAAGCCAUAUUUGAAACUGUUGCGAGAAUCGGAAAGCCAACAAAGCAACUGAAUCGUUCGCUGAAACACUUUCUCCGGGCUCUGCUCAACAAUCCGGAAAUAUUUUUGCAAAGCACUUAUGCUGCACAUAUCGCUGAGAAAAUGUUGCUAAGAUUAGCAGGAAUAUUACGUGCUAGAAUAUCCGAUGACGGGAUUUUGUACGAUUUUGUAUCGCAGACGGACAAUGCGGAUGAUUUGGUUUUGGAGCCGGUAACAAUAUCUUAUGCGGGAAACGAUAAACAAUACAGUGCACAACUUUCCGAGUUUCUAAAAGAGCGAGAGCAUGCUCUGGAUAAAACGAAUUUGCUGCUGGCCUGGGAUGGAAUAAUGGAAUUUUUGACAAUGGAUAGUGCAUGUUUGCCACAAAUCUGCACAUCUUCGAUCGGGACAGUGAUCGUCCAGGCAUUGCUUUUCGUUAGCAUCCCGGUGUCGCUGUUAUGUCGAGAAGAUGCAAAAGACGUGGAACGCAAUCUUGAUGAUUUAUUAGGAAAAUUCGUUUCCAUUUUUGACGAGAUUUCUUUGGACAAGUACGGCUCACGGAUCGCCGAGCUAGUAAUUGCAGCUUUAGGAAGGAUCGCCUUUGAAAAUCUGGUUGGAAAAAUCUCAGCUGGACAGGAAGUACUGGAUAGACUAGUGCGUGACCAUUACGCCCACCAUACUAUUAUCCGAAUGGUUAUGAGUUGUUCUUCUGUCGCGCUUCUCUGUGAAAUGUGUAAAGCAGUCUCGGCUAAUUGUGCGGGGAUUUUAGAAAGCGGACAUGGGAUGUUACUGGUAAAACUGGCUCAGAUUUUGUCCAAUUCUGCUACCAAACAGCGACUUUGCCGAAGUUCUGAGGAUGAAAAACAAUGGUACCAGUGUCAGGACGUAUUUAGUAAAGCCCUGAAUUCGUUUUAUUCCUCGUCGAUUUCGGCUUCGUGGGCAGUUCAUGAAAAAACUGCCGCUGUGCUCGUUUGUACUGGAGCGCUUUAUCCGAAGAAUAUUAGAGAACACAUUGAGAGCACGAUUGAGAACACGAGUAUGCCGGGAUCGCAGAUAUUACAGGCUUUAUGUUCAUUUAAGGAUCCGUCGUUGAUAACCCAAGGAUUUCUGAAAAUGGAUGUUCAGUUAUUGUUGCAGCUGUGCUGUAAUGCCUGUGGAAGUCACACAAUAGAAACUGUAAUCCAAACUCAGAACAAUCGUAAGGGAUUUUCUCAGCCUUUUUUGAAGAAGCUCGUGAGUAUUAUACCGAAGCUGGUUUUGGACAAGCAUGGAAGUCGCGUUUUCGAUGUCAUAUGGAAAACGGGAGAUAUGAAGUGCCGCGAAUCUGUUGCUGAUGUAUUAAUAUCCGUCGAAUCGACGAUGAAAAAGAAUGAAUUUGGCCGUUUCCUUUUACCCAAACUUAAUCUGGGCUUAUACAAAAGAAGCAUCGAAGCGUGGCGGCGAGAACAGCUGAAGUUUCAGAGUCAAAAAGACGAGCUGAACAGUAUUCUGGAUUUGAUUAAUAAAAAACCUUGAAGGUGAAUCCGUCUCGUUCCCAGUGUCAUGUAAAUCAAUAGCAAAAUGUCAAAUGAUAGUGCUUUCCUGACCAUUUCUAUCGCUGAAACUACAAUAUCAUGAGUCCUAACAAAAUAGAUUGCUCAUUUACACAUGCGAUCAGAUUUCAUUUUUUCUCUCCUAUCCAACAUAGUUUCGUGCACGUUUCCUUCUUUCUUGGCAGUUUCAAGGUCAGCCACCGCUCCUGGAUUCAGUUUUAUUUUCUUGUCUUGAAAACACUGGAACUGCUUUCUACAAAUAAUUAUUUGAUGUUGUUAAAUUACGCUGUUCAGUGUUCACUUUGCGAAUCGCGAGCGUUUAUGGCGUACACAUAAUGCAGUUCCACUUGCGAUGCAUCGGUGUCCUCUUCAUCCGUAGUUUUUUCACUUCUUUGUGCGU